GUCGGAACUCCACCUUUAGCCGGUGCAUCCUCUUACCACAACCACCGUCUUACAUUACUAUAGAGAAUGCCUUCCUCUUACAGUCUCUAUCGCGAACGACCAUCUUGGGGCACUAAUCAAUUCCGUUUCGAUCUACCACCUCCUGCCCCCUCAUUCCAGCCGCAGCCAUCCUGGAAUGGCUGGGACUUUUAUUCUGCCCAUGCCGCAGGCUCUAAUCCUGAUCCAUCUCUAUUUGAUAUGGCCCGGAAUGGAGCAAAUUAUCGUGAUGGUGGGGUUGGUAUCAACGAAGCUCGACACUGGCACACGAGGGUUUACGGCGGUUUGGGUGACUUGAACAAACUGCUUCCUGAGGAAUUGGGACACGCUGCCGCCUACGAAGCAUACAGAAAAUUCAUCCAUCACAGUUCGAUGCGUGAACCACUAUCCGCUGAGCCGGAAAGGCAGCGAGAGGCUCUGAUUGCUCUCGCAAUGGCGGAAACUACAUUAUUGUUGCAGUACACUGCUAGGGGAAAUGAUUUCUAUACACGCCGGUCGGCAGCCGAGUCAGCUGCAGCCACUGCGUCUCAAAUUUUUUUCUGGAGUCGUGAUCACGAUGAUUACGAUGCCGAAUUUUACCAAGGCAGAGGUCGAUCUUAUGGAUCGUACGGGAAUGCAUCAUCGUACGGCGACCCCUACGCUUACGACGCGGAUACCAUGUAUUCUCGCCGUCAUCCCCGUUCCCGUUCUCGACACGGGUCUCGGUCUCCUGUAUAUCCUCAUCCGUUCAUAGACGAUCGCUCCUCAGUUUCAUCAAUCCCCAUCAUACCGAACGCUGGCUCGUAUGGAUCGAGCUUUGAUAGCUCAUUUGGGUCCAGUUACGGGGGAAUGCCGAUGAACAGUAGCAUGUCUUCCACUCUUCCUAUGCGUGGGCGCAGCAUGAGUAUAAUGGGGUCGGCACCAUAUGGUAACAGCAUGCAAUAUCCAACCAUGCCAUAUCCAUAUACUGCAGCUCAACCGCAAACGCAAUACAUUCCCUCUGGUGGAAUGGUGAUGCCCUCGCAACAGGGUCAAAUGGUUUUAUACACCAAAUCCAAAAAGCACCAUCGUCAUCACCAUCGUUCUAGCAAACAUGGCAAGAAACGCUCGAGGAGCAUCAGUGUCGAGCCCAUGUACCUUCAUUACUGAUUCGUAGUCACCAGUUACUGCGUCCGUCGCUGGUCGAUUUCUACUUACCAUCUUAUAUUUAUACUGAGCGUCUAAUAUUCCAUAUGUUCCGUGCGUAACAGCAGCGUAGUUCGAUUUAGUAUCCUAGUGUAUCCAGAAUGUAUCCGUACUUUGAUUUGUACUGGCAGUGUAUGUAUGAUUUUACUGAAAGGCAGACGAC